AUACAUACAUUCCCUGACAUCCGCAACAACGUUUUUCAACCAAAACAUAAACAAACUCAAUUUUACCGGUGUAAAAUGCUGUUCUACUCUUUCUUCAAAUCCCUUAUUGGGAAGGAUGUGGUGGUAGAGCUAAAGAAUGAUCUCAGCAUCUGCGGGACUCUGCAUUCAGUAGACCAGUAUCUAAACAUUAAACUCACAGACAUCAACGUCACAGAUACUGAGAAAUACCCACACAUGCUGUCCGUGAAGAAUUGCUUCAUCAGAGGAUCAGUCGUGCGAUAUGUGCAACUUCCUGUAGAUGAAGUAGACACGCAGCUGCUCCAAGAUGCGGCAAGGAGAGAAGCGCAGCAACAACGGCAGUAGAUUGUAUGGUUUUUAUUUUUAGUUUGGGAAGAAGGUGGUCUCGUCACCUUUCGAAUUCUGUUGGCAGAAAUAAAUGUUUUGUCUUCAUAGGUUAUCUUCCUUUUAACUGAAAUUGAUUUAGUUUUGUCUUCUCCUUUUUAUAAAGAAGUUAGAUGCUGAAAUAUUCAUUGUAUUGUAAAUGCAGAUGAUAUUAAGUAAAUGAGAUAAUAACCUUUGUUGUACACAUUUUUAGAUAUUAAAACCUCUCUACAGCAUAUAAUGGUGAAAAUUAAAUGAAAGAGCAUUUCCAUUUUCUAAUUUCUGUGAAAUGAUAUGCUUAAGUUUAAGCAAGAAAAAAUAAAUAAAGUGGAUAGGGUAAGAAUUAUAAUUUAUCAUGUGACUUUUCCAAAUAAAAGAUAAAAAUCA